AUGAAUCAUAUAGUCUUAGCAACAGCAUCAUCUGGAAUAGCGGCAAACAUAUUGCCCGGCGGGAGGACAGCUCACUCCAGAUUCAAGAUUCCCCUGAAAGUACUACCUUCAUCUAUGUGUUCCAUAGGUAAACAGUCUGCACUGGCACAAUUGGUACGACAAUCCACUGCAGUUAUAUGGGAUGAGGCACCUAUGACAAAUCGAGAUGUGUUUGAAUUAGUUGAUCGAACUUUUCAGGACAUAAUGGACGUGGAACUUCCUUUUGGUGGUAAAAUAAUGAUUUUCGGGGGAGAUUUUCGUCAAGUCAUUCCUGUCAUUCCUAAAGGAACAAGGUCUCAACUCAUCGAAGCCUCGAUUAUGAGAUCAUCGUUUUGGCCAGCUACAAGGAUAUUGAGAUUGAGGCAGAAUAUGAGAUCCAUAAAUGACCACCGAUUUGGGGAGUUUCUAUUACGUGUUGGUGAUGGUAGUGAACAAGUCAUCCAUGACGACAUGAUAAGGUUACCAAAAAGCAUGGUGAUUCCAUGGCAAAGCGACCAAUCUAUCUUUCAAAUUAUUGAUAGAGUUUUCCCUAAUCUUGGUGAUCACGCAGGCGAUGCAAGAUACAUGGUGGAUAGAGCAUUGAUUACUCCUUUGAACAACGAUGCAGACAUGUUGAAUGAAAAGAUCAUCAGUAUGUUUCCUGGGGAAGAAAUUUCAUUUUACUCAUUUGACUCUGUUGAAGAUGACAUCCGAAAUCUGUACCAGCCUAAGUUUUUAAAUUCAAUAACCGCAAGUGGUUUACCGCCGCACAUGUUAACUCUAAAAACAGGUGCUCCAAUCAUGCUCUUGAGAAAUAUAGACCCAAAAUUAGGGUUGUGUAAUGAUACUAGAUUGUUAUGUCGUGGUUCCUACCAAAAUUUGAUUGAUGCAGAAAUUAUGACAGGCGAGUUUGUUGGGUCUAGAGUUUUUUUGCCAAGAAUUCCUUUGCAAAGUGCAGAAAAUGCGGGACUACUGUUUCAACUUACAAGAAAGCAAUUUCCAGUCAAGUUGAGCUUUGCUUUGACCAUAAAUAAAUCUCAAGGUCAAACCAUCCCACAUGUGGGAGUUUACCUCCCAGAUCAUGUUUUUAGUCAUGGACAAUUAUAUGUGGCAUUGUCGAGAGGAAUAUCAGAGUCUACCACAAAGCUGUUGGUUAAAAAAGGGUCCAUAGUUGGUGAAGAUGGCAUAUUUACUAAGAACGUCGUGUUUAAAGAAGUUUUGUUUCAUUAG